AUGUCGAAAGAACGCCAAUCGCAUUCUGCCGAGCACUCGGAUGAUGAGCACGGCGGUCCGUCUCCGCAGGCAGAUUCGUCCAGGAAGAGGAGCAGCAGAGCUUGCGACCAGUGCAGAAAGACGAAAAGCAAGUGCGAACGCUUCGAAGGGGACACGGAACCUUGCAAGAGCUGUUCUCUUGCAGGCGUCGCCUGCACAUUCCUCGGGCCGAGCUUCAAGCGCGGUCCUCCCAAAGGUUACAUUCACGCCAUUGAGCAGCGUUGGCACCAGGUCGAAUCUAUUCUUGGUGCCAUCCUCGCCUCGCCCGAUCCACAGGUCCAAGCUCUCAUCGACAACAUCAAAACUGACGACCUCGCGCGCGAUAUUCUCAAUCGCGUCGAUGCUGGGCCAUUCGGGCCCACGGGACGGCUCAACCAUUCCGUCGCCGUAACAAAGGAGGACUUUUUCGCCUCCAUCAUGAACAGCGCCGAGGCGGCACAAACACGCGAUCCGUCACGGCCACGACGACAGUCUCGCAUGUCGCGCGAGAUUGUUUCAUCAAACAACUCCUCCCUCGUUAGUCCGACCCUGGAAUGGCAAGAUCGUCUGUCCUCCCAUUUUGCCCGUAUUGGUCCUGUCUCGCGUGAUCGCUCCGUUGACAUGGCCGGAUUACCAUACUCGCAACGGAGACGGCUUGAUGGCGACCGGCCCUCGAGCUCUGGGCAACCGGACUGGGACAGGAUGUACCGAAUAGAUAAACCGUCGUCGGACACAGAAGAAGAGGAAGCUACGAACGGUCUUGGUCAGCUAUCACUGGACGAGAAUAAGGAGUUGCGCUAUCACGGCUUCUCUAGCGGGCUACAUCUACUCACGAAGGCGAACCCACAACGACCGGAUCGACGUAAUUCAGGCGGCAUCUGGAACCUUCCGAUGGCCCGUGUGUGGCCGCCCGCUGCGAACCAGUUCAUACCGGAGGAUAGCGUUGACGUCGAGAUGCCGCCGGUAGCUGUACAGCGUCAUUUGCUCGAACUGUACUUUACCUACGUGCACAUCCAAUUGCCCACGGUGCACAAGACCUUGUUCUGGACGGAAUUUGAGGCCAUGCAUGCACUUCCUCAACCACCGCCAAACCAGCGGAACGAAAGACCUGUCAUCUCCAAGCUGUUGCUUCUUUCCAUGUUCGCAACAGCGGCGCGGUACGACCGUUGCGAUGAGGAGCCUCAACCCGGGACGAUCUGGGAGGCUGGGCUUGAUUACAUGGUCCGCGCCCGCGAAGUUCUGAACCGCGUUUACCACUACUGCCGCCCCACGACUUGCCAGGCUUUGAUCUUACUCGGCAUGCGCGAGUUCGGAAUCGGCCAGAUGGAACACGGUUGGCUUUACACAGGAAUGGGCUUGCGGAUGGCCAUUGAUCUUGGACUUCACCGUGACGCAUCGCACUGGAAACAGAACGGGCGCGAGAUCUUCACGCCAAUGGAGGUGCAAGCGCGACGCCAACUCUGGUGGGCGUGCCAAAAGGCGGACAAAUACUCCGCCGUUUAUAUGGGGCGCCCGCCACAACUCAGCGAGGCCACCUACGACACCCCCUUGCCGGAGGUCGAUUCAGAUGAGCCUUGGGCACCGCAUCCAUCUGACCCGCUAUCGGUGGACUUCACUCCAAUCCCUGGACAUGUGAUGGCGUGCUAUCGCGAAGCUUCGGCGCAAAUGGUCAUAUUUGGCGAGAUACUCGAGCGGAUAUACCCUGUUAGGCCCACUGCGCAGGCCGUGAAACGUGCGGCGUUAUCUGAGCUCGAAGCCCGACUUGACCGGUGGUACACCGGGCUACCCGACAAUCUCAUGUUUGACGUGGCUAGCGCCCGCUUCAUGCCCUCGCCGAGCGUGAUGAUGUUACACGUCAAGUACUGGAACUGCGUCCUGGUCCUUCAUCGAGCUUUCAUCCCGAAAUGGCGCCCCGAAGGCCACCCUCGCGCCGGAGUUCCUCAGGACACGUUCGCUCUCAAGAGCUUUGAUAUCUGUCAAAGCGCAGCUACGCACAUGACCAACAUCAUCGCGGCCUAUCAGAGCACAUAUACACUCACGCGUGCCUCGAUGCUUGUCGUUCAACACCUCUUCGCCGCUGGCAUCAUGCACGUCGUGACCCUCACGAUGCGCCCAUCGAAUGUGCAGACAUCGAUCGCACUCCAGCGGGUACUCAACGCAUUGAAGGAGAUGUCCGUUCGCUGGCCGGCUGGACAGCGCGCGUGGGAACUCAUUUCGGGCGCGCACACGACCGUUUCGGACCCGUUGUUCCAGAGCAUGCCUGUGAAUGGCCAACAGCGACAAAAGCGCGGCGCCGACGAUGCGUUCAGUCUCGGGGAGAAGGUCAGCGAUGUGCUGCAGCAGGAGGCGUUCGAGGAGCGCACGGGCGGCGGCAUGCAGCAGCAACCCGUUCGCGACGAGCGGGCUUCGGACCGUGUGCUACAGCACAUCCUGGGUUUGGAUAUCCCUGGUAUUGAGCCGAGUACGAGUUAUUUGCCGGGGUACCAGUGGUGGCCUCGUGGUCAAGCACCGAACGGUCAGGCCGGACCGUCGCAGCAACCCAUGCAGCAACAGAUCGCGAACGGGAUGGUGAACGGUGCGCAGUCACAGGAUACGCCGUCGCCACAUAGCACGAGCACGAACAGCCCUCCCAACUCGAUGCCCAUCCCAUUCUCCUUCGACGUGGCCCAGAGCUUCUGGCCUUCGCAGAUGCACGAUCCGAUGGGUGCGCCGCCGCAGAUGCGACCCCCGUCGGGGCAUGAAGGGUAUAAUGUGGCUGGGUUGUACGCCGGACCGUCUCAUCAUGCUUGA